CCUGAGCGUUUUACAAGUUCGAAACUCUUCCAGGUGUUAUCACCAACCCUACGUGUCUUGAUCCCUGCACUGUUCCAUUUUCGCCAACGAACGAAAUCCAUACAUUCUGGACAAAUAAAACUCAUGGAAAAAGUUGCAACGUCUUUGUACUCCCAAUAAAUGUUCUCCAGCUUUGGAAGAUUAAUUACCUCUCUGGUUAAAGGAGAGAACAAGAAUGUCUGGCCAACAAAAAAUCAUCAUCACGAUGGACUCUAGCUCUAAUGUUGCGUAAAAGCAACCAACCUAAUCUCUAACACCAAAUGGUGGUAUAAGCGGAAGUAUGUAUCCCUUCAUGAAUUCUGUAGCGUUUAUUUUUCAUAGGAUCGAAGAGCUGCAAUUGAGAAACUCUAUGUUGAUCUUCCUUGUCAUGCUUGUAUACCAAACUCAACAACCAUGGAAGCUCUGGAUCAACAGGAAGGCCUCGUGGCACAGACACAAACCAGCUGGUCGUGCAGACGAAGGGGAGGUGGAUCCGAUCCACCCAACAAAGUUUCUUCAUGAUGUAAAAGCAUUUGAUAAAUAUCAAAGAUCAUCAGGUUUAAAUGUUGUCCGUGAUUCAAGGCAAUAUGAUUCAAGCAAGGCAUCAAGUUUAAAUGCUGUCCAUGAUUCAAGCAAGGCAUUUGAUUAUCAAAAUCAUAGCAAAUCAGAAUUAAUUGACUCCAGCAAGAAUCCAACAAUUAAUCUCCAAGAUAAUAGGAAGAUGCAAUCAACCAUUAAGGCUUCAAAUUAGUGAUUUUAACCAACGGCUAUUUCUGCAAUUAGUGUAAUUAAGAUUCAAAUUUCAU